AUGAACACGAUUUCAUAUCCUGGUGGUCUGAAGGCAUAUACCGAGCUCGCAUGCAUGAAGGCACGGCUUAUACCCAUGCGUUUUGUUGAGCAAUGCGCAGUACUUCAAUAUCGUUCGUCUUGGCUACUCCAUCAGCUGCCGUCACUCAUCGAAAAAGAGCUUGGAUCCGACAUUGCCAAUAAGAUCGACUGCACCCGCCUAUACGACCAAACCAAGCACGACGUCAUUUUCCACAUCCACUUUGAAACAAGAGACGCGUGUCUAUCAGCCGUGAAAAAGAUCAGAAAACGACAACUCAGCAAGGACAGGCGUGAACAACCAUCUUUCAAACUGUAUCCGAUGUUCACGUCAAAGAAAAGAUACACCCUUUUAAACCUCAAGCUUACGCUUGACUCGCCUACCAAUGCUAUGAAGGAGAUCAAUCAAGCCGUGGCAUCCACAAAACGUCGCUGUAUUGAUAUCAUUCUGGGUACAGAUGACGUGUUCAAAAAGUACAAUGCUACAGCGUCGAUUGUUCUACAAGGAGAGGGCAUCAUCGAUGUCACUCUAUAUGGCAAACAGUAUACCCUUGAGCCAGUGAUAAGAGGCUAUCUAUAUUGUGAACGUUGCAAAUUCCUUAAUGAUCACGACACAGAUGAAUGUCCUCAUCAACCAGAGGACGAAGAGCAACCACAGGAUGAGAAGCAAGGAGAAGAGUUUGAGAACAUUGACAACAAUAGUAGCGAUAACAAUAGCACACAAGAGACAAUCCAGAAAUAG